UCAUUGACCUCUCGGAAGCUCCGCAUUCCGUAAUAUCAAGUGCAACUAAAUGUUACAAAUUGACUAACUGUGAACAGUGAAAAAUUAUGGCUGGAACAAUUCAAAGUUGAUAGUAAAAAACAAGUUGGACCUAGUCAAAUAAUAGGGUGUGAUUCGAAGGUAGUGAAGAGAAGGUGGUAUCAGUAUGUGGGUUGGUCGGUAGUGCAGACGGGCGGAGCGCAGUGCGCGUGCGCGGAUCGAUCGCGCAGCAUCGAGCGGGGGGCGGGGCGGAGCGCGGCCGGGGCGGACCUCAGUCGCGCGCGAGACGGCGUGCGUGCGCGCGUCCCUAACACGUGCAUGGCGCGUUUGACUGGAUGCCUCGCGCCAGAGGGGAAUGGCUUCGUCAGAGGAUGCGCAGGCGACAACCGCGUCGAUCCCUGAAGAUGACUGCCUCAGUGUCCGUAAAUGGUGGUGCUUUCUCCUGUCUUCGAUCUUCACGUUCCUGGCGGGGUUGCUGGUCGUGGUGCUAUGGCGCGCGUGCGCGUUCGUGUGCUGCCGCAAGGAGCCAGAGCUGGCGCCGAACGACCCCAAGCAGAAGGAGCAGAAGGCGGCCAGGCAAGGGAAGCAGGAGUUCGAGGGGACCUUUAUGACGGAGGCCAAGGACUGGGCCGGCGAACUCAUCUCCGGUCAGACCACCACUGGACGAAUACUGGUAGUGUUGGUGUUCAUCCUGAGUAUAGCAUCGCUGAUCAUCUACUUCAUUGACGCAUCCAGUGACGAGGUGGAGCGAUGCCAGAAAUGGAGUGACAAUAUUACUCAGCAGAUCGACCUUGCCUUUAACAUAUUUUUUAUGGUCUACUUUUUUAUACGAUUUAUAGCAGCUAGUGACAAACUGUGGUUCAUGCUCGAGAUGUAUUCAUUUGUAGAUUAUUUCACGAUACCCCCAUCCUUUGUAUCAAUAUACCUGGAUAGAACGUGGAUAGGGCUAAGGUUUCUCAGAGCACUACGCUUAAUGACCGUGCCUGAUAUUUUGCAGUACCUCAAUAUUUUAAAGACGUCGAGUUCGAUCCGAUUGGCGCAAUUAGUAUCUAUAUUUAUAUCAGUGUGGCUCACGGCUGCCGGUAUCAUUCAUUUGACGGAGAUGGAAUUCGCGGAGGACAAGCCGCGAAACGUCACAAAACAGCUGGAAAACUCUGGCGAUCCGCUGGAGUUUGAAAAUUCGCAAAAGCUACCGUACUGGACGUGUGUGUACUUUCUUAUAGUCACCAUGUCUACCGUAGGUUAUGGUGACGUGUUCUGUCACACCGUACUUGGCAGAACGUUUUUGGUUUUUUUUCUCCUCGUCGGCUUGGCAAUGUUCGCUAGUAGCAUUCCCGAAAUUAUAGAGCUGGUAGGAAGUAGGUCCAAGUACAGUGGCGAGCUGAAGCGUGAACAUGGAAAAAGGCAUAUUGUUGUAUGUGGACAUAUAACAUACGAGUCAGUAAGCCAUUUUUUAAAAGACUUCCUACAUGAGGACAGAGAAGACGUGGACGUUGAGGUUGUUUUUUUACACAGGAAACCGCCCGACCUGGAGCUCGAAGGCCUGUUCAAGAGACACUUUACUACUGUGGAAUUCUUUCAAGGCACCAUUAUGAAUCCAAUCGACCUUCAGAGGGUAAAAGUACACGAAGCGGACGCUUGUUUGGUGCUCGCCAACAAAUAUUGCCAGGAUCCGGAUGCAGAGGACGCAGCAAAUAUCAUGAGGGUCAUCUCCAUCAAGAACUAUUCUGACGAUAUCAGGGUCAUUAUACAGCUCAUGCAGUAUCAUAAUAAGGCAUACCUUCUUAACAUUCCAUCGUGGGACUGGAAGCAGGGGGACGACGUGAUCUGUCUCGCUGAGCUCAAACUGGGAUUCAUUGCUCAGAGCUGCCUCGCGCCUGGCUUCUCCACAAUGAUGGCUAACCUCUUCGCCAUGAGGAGUUUCAAGACGUCCCCUGACACACAAGCUUGGCAGAACGAUUACCUGCAGGGUACUGGAUGCGAGAUGUACACGGAGACUCUGUCCACUUCGUUUACGGGAAUGAGCUUUCCCCAAGCGAGCGAGUUAUGCUUCACGAAACUGAAACUUCUGUUGCUGGCAAUAGAGAUCAAAGGAGAAGAAGGUGCAGACAGCAAGAUUUCCAUUAACCCUCGAAGCGCGAAGAUACACGCAAACACACAAGGGUUUUUCAUAGCUCAAUCCGCCGACGAAGUCAAAAGGGCUUGGUAUUACUGCAAAGCCUGCCACGAAGACAUCAAAGACGAGACCCUCAUCAAGAAAUGCAAAUGCAAAAACUUGACCGCGCAGCGGAAGGUUGGAGCCGACAUAGAUGUCGGAAUGAUGAUGAUGCAGACUGGGAUGGUGAAACAAAAUCUUAAUACAUAUCGAGGUUGCCUCGACGAUGACCACCAUCCUCCCCCCACCUUCACGCCGCCAGAGUUGCCCAAGAAGGUCCAUGUUCGAGGUGAAAUCGCACGAGAAAGGGGAGAAGAUACGAGUCUGAUAAAUCGCAACCACAGAAGUGCAGCACCAAACGCCUUACUCUCUCCGAUGGCCAACCAGCUGAUGAACACCACCACAACGAGGCAGGUCAACAAGGUGAAGCCAAAUGUAAAUAGGGCGCCGCCGGACACGAAUCCCCAGGAUCAAGACACGAAUUACCAGGCCUAUCAUCUAGCCUACGAAGUCAAAAAACUCAUGCCUACAAGCAGAAGUAGCGGUGGUAACCAGAAUAGUAACGGAGUGAGUCUGCCAGCCGGCUUGGCAGACGACCAGUCGAAGGACUUCGACUUUGAAAAGACUGAAAUGAAAUACGAUUCCACGGGCAUGUUCCAUUGGAGCCCUGCUAGGAAUCUAGAAGAUUGCAUAUUAGAUCGAAAUCAAGCGGCCAUGACGGUCCUAAACGGGCACGUAGUCGUAUGUCUGUUUGCGGACCCGGACUCGCCGCUUAUUGGUCUGCGGAACUUGGUGAUGCCACUGCGGGCGUCCAACUUCCACUACCACGAGCUGAAGCACGUCGUCAUCGUAGGCAGCGUCGAAUAUAUCAGGAGAGAGUGGAAGAUGUUGCAGAAUCUGCCGAAGAUUUCUGUAUUGAAUGGUUCACCGCUAAGCCGGGCCGACUUGCGUGCAGUUAAUGUGAACCUGUGUGACAUGUGCUGCAUACUGUCAGCGAAGGUGCCGUCCAACGACGACCCAACUCUGGCCGACAAGGAAGCUAUCUUGGCUUCGUUGAACAUCAAAGCUAUGACGUUCGAUGACACGAUAGGAGUGUUGAGUGCGGGCGUGGGUACGAACGGCAAUAGCGGGGUGCCGCAGCCUCCUAGCGGGACUGCGCCAGCGCCUGUGCUGCUGCAGCGCCGCGGGUCGGUGUACGGAGCCAAUGUGCCUAUGAUUACUGAGCUGGUGAACGACAGCAACGUGCAGUUCCUGGACCAGGACGACGACGACGACCCCGACACCGAGCUGUACCUCACGCAGCCCUUCGCCUGCGGGACCGCCUUCGCUGUCAGCGUGCUCGAUUCUCUCAUGUCCACCACGUAUUUCAACCAGAAUGCCUUAACGCUGAUUCGCUCGCUGAUCACGGGAGGCGCGACGCCCGAGCUGGAGCUGAUCCUCGCCGAGGGAGCUGGUCUCCGCGGCGGGUACUCCACGCCCGAGAGCUUAGCCAACAGGGACCGGUGUAGAGUGGGCCAGAUCUCGCUGUACGACGGGCCCCUGGCGCAGUUCGGCGAGGCCGGCAAGUACGGCGACCUGUUUGUUGCCGCGCUCCGCUCGUACGGCAUGCUGUGCAUCGGCCUGUACCGGUUCAGAGACACGUCGUCGUCCUGCGACGCGAGCAGCAAGCGGUACGUCAUCACCAACCCGCCCGAUGACUUCAGUUUGCUGCCUACCGAUCAGGUGUUCGUCCUAAUGCAGUUCGACCCUGGCGUGGAAUACCGGGCGUCGCGGCGGGCGGGUUCAGCGUCGGCCGGCAAGGACGACGCCUCCUGACUAUUGCUGUGCAGCGCCCUCACCGACGGGCCCUACUCCUACAUCUAGAGGGGGGGGGGGGCCCGGCACACGACAAUCCAACGCCCAAAUCCGGCCCUGUACUGGUAUUUGGAAUCUAGUAGAGCGAGAGCGAUAUUGAUGUUGUUGACUAUUAUUUGUGCAAAUCGAUUUGCUGCUCAUUCUAAUUAUGUUUAUUUAAACUUUAUUGCACAACUUAAAAAUUUUGUUAACAAAUGCCAAAAUUUUAUCUCUCAGUUUAAAAAAUAAAAGGGAGAUAUAUUUUAUUUAUACAGAUUUAUGUACUGAAACCAAAUAAAUUUCCAGAACCUAUAUUUCAAUGGUAAAAUAGUAUUUAUCAUUUUGGUUACUCAGUUGAUUUUUAAAUGAGCGAAUAUUAAACGACAAUCUUAAUUUUAAUAUAUACCAUAUAAACAUCAAAAUCGAGGUAGUUUUACUAGUUUCCAAGAUGCUCUACUACAAAUUCUGUACCUGGACGGGCCCGCACGCAAUCCAAUCCGAUCCUGGCUUACCAUUGCAGUUUGAGUUGUGACGUAACUUGGAUAUUAUGCGAUGUUUUAGAAGACAUUAAACCAAAAACGUUUUAAUAUUCUUAAAAAAUCAACAAACGCUCGUUGGCACAUUUUCAUUCCCAUAUUUCACUUUGAAUGAACGAGACAAAACUCAUUUUAACCCACUUCAAAAAAAGAGAAAGUUCUCAAUUCAUACCUAACUAAAAUAUUAUUUCAAAGGUCAAAAACAAUAUAACUUCAAAAUUAUCUUUUAUGACUGCUAAAUUACAUUCGUGAUUUCAAUCAAUAAAUCGAAUAAAAAGCAACAGAUAAUACCUAAAUAAAAAAUAAUGGAAAAUGAAGAUAGAAACAUCUAGAACAUAACCUAAUAAACAAGAUGUUUACGUAAUUUCAGGCUGCAAUUGGUAAGCAAAACUUAUCCCACUCAGAACAUCGGAAUAAUUGAUUUUAUUUUGUUAAUUUUGGUUGUACCUACACUGCAAUCUCACUUCCGACGCACUAGUCACGGACUAUUUCCACUACCUAACAGCACUCUUUCCAAAAUUUUGUCGUAAGAUUUUCAAAUCGACUACAAUUUCUGGCUACAGCAAAACUUUCAGAUUAUACAGAUCUAGAUUUUGCAAAAGCACCCUAAAUAACUGCACAAUGUAGCCAGUUUUGAUAAAUCCAUCGACAACAUUAUACAAACGUGAUUCAAAAUUAGAUACGUGUAAUACUUUCUCCCUCACACUAGCAUAACGUAACGCAAUAGCAUAACGUUACAAUUCCAUAACACCACAAACGAGUGAACUAAACCUGAAAUUGUCAAUCUACAGUUAGAGCUUUCGGUGUCUCAACAGUUAGUGGUAUUCGGUAAAGUGUAGUCAAAGUGUAGGUAACAUAGAAUCGUGUUGUAGAUACAACUCCAGGUUUCUCACUCUACGCACACUGCACAGAUAAAAAAAUAUUAUAUUUUGACGUAAGUACACGGCGGCGAUGGAUAUAUUUUUAAUUUAAAGGAGAUAAAUGCUCAAUUAAUGGAACCUUAAAAACUUUUAAUUGCAUGACCAACAUUUGGUGGAGGGACAAAAUAGUUUCGCAUACAUAUUUCUCUUUCAUCAUGUUAUGUAUAUAGAUUUUUCUUCUCUUACUUCUUAGAUUUUCCAUUCCUUUUAUUAGAUUUUCUCUCUCUUUAUAUAUAUAUAGAUAUAUUUUAAGCAUUUACCUUAAUUCGACUGAAUUAAAUCAUCUCGUCAAUCAUAAUAUUCAUUUGUGAUCGCGUCCCUUGUCAUUAGGGUUAAUUUUUAGAUUCACAUUGAAUCGUUGCGUAGUGUUAAGACUUUCCUUGCAUCUUAUCUAUUAUAUGCACAUAAGUAGCCUGCAUAAUCUACUGCUCACGGACUCAUCUUUUUAUAUACAUUCUAUUUAUAGUUGGGUUAGAUAUAUUACAAAAUGGUUGACGAUUUUCGUGUAGGCCUUCAAGAUGUUAAUAUUAUUAGGCAAGUCUGACUUAGCACCAGAUAAAAGCGAAAAUCAUCAACCGUAACUACAAUUUUUAGUGUCACAUUUUGUUUAUUUUUUUAAUAAAAUUAUGCUUUGUUUAUUU